UUUCCCCUCCAAAAGUUUCAACAGUAUUCCGAGAGAGGCGCUGGUGGUUUGUUUUGAUUUCGUGAAUGUGAAAAAUGAGAAAAAUCCGGCCAAAAAUCAUCUUUCGAGCGUUUGCAAGUAGUGUGAAACCUCCGCAAUCUGCAAGUUUCAGUGCACCUCCAAAUCCUAACCUCAUUGAGAGCGAUUAUGUAGGCCCUCCGGACAAAUUGUCCAAUCUGCGUCCAAUUGUCCGACAUAUACCGAAAAAUGAGACACCGCUGGAGAAGAAACUGCGACUUCUUCAGAUGGAAGUUGAGGAGUACAACCAGAAGUUCUGGACGAAUCACAACAAGAGAUUCUUUGAGGAGCGGGAUGAAUUCAUUGCCGCGAAUCGAAGGCAUACGGGAGAGAAUUUGUCGGCGGAUGAAAUGAGUGUUUUCUACAAGGCUUUCCUGGACAAAAACUGGAAAAUCCACUGGUACUACAACAUCUCUUGGUACAUCAAGAACAUCUCACUGUUGCUCCUGGCACUUCGAGUUGAGCUGACAAGGAUUGGAAGGUUCGCAAGGAGGAAGAAAGUGGCAUAAUCCCAAUAUUCUUUGGCAAGGCAACAAGUAAAACAAAUUGUGAAACUUUGAUUAUUUGUUAAAUUUGAAAAGUUAUUUGACAUAGAACGUGUUUAAAUAAAAGUAGUGCUAUUUUUGUGAUUAAAAUAUUUCAAAUAAUCAAUG